AUGCAGGUUCCCGCUGUUUGUGGAAGAUGGAAUGCCAUCGCCAUCACAUGGCUAUCAUUGAUGGCCUCGUUGUCACAUGCGCAGACCAUCAGUCCUCACAAUGGCUCUGUCGGUCUCUAUCCCGUUUCGACCUCUCCUCGGUUUAUCAUGAAUGGCUCUGAAUUUCCCGACUUACCCGUCGUGAGACUGGCGCCCUUGGGGAUCUACGCUGAGAUAUCGCAUAGCGGCUUUCUCCAUGUCCAUGAGGAAGGGCAUCUGGUCAACGUCGACGCCAGUAACGCUAACGACAUUGCUGACCAGAAGCAAUUCUCCUACAUUUCUUGCGACCCGGAAAAGUACACGGGCAAUCUGGACGCGAGCGCGGUGUUCCGUAUGGUGGUGCAAUCGCCCAACGCAAACAUUGUGAUUCUCUACAGCGAGACCAGUGAUCAUUGCGUCGCCACGGGGAUCAACAGUCUCCCUGACAUUGGCGGUAUCCUUACGACAACCGAUACAAUGCUUGCCUCCAGUCUUGCUGCAUUGAAUCUCGGCCAAAACAGUUCUGGGACUGCCACUAUUCUACCCGACCUGAACUCGUAUACGAACUCUUCUAGUGGUAGCCACGAUGGUGAUACCUCCUUGAACCAGUCUCCCACAACUGCCGUGGCCAUGAUCAUCCUCUAUUCCAUUACUGGCAUCAUCACUGCUCUAUUUGUGGUCAUCAUUGUGACAGGCGCCAUCCGAGCGCACAGACAUCCCGAACGCUAUGGUCCUCGAAACAUCGUCGGACGAGGUCGCCAGAGCAGGGCGAGAGGCAUCGCCAGGGCCAUGCUCGAGACCCUGCCAAUCGUCAAGUUUGGCGAUCCAACAGAUGCUGCUAAGAAGCCUGCCGAGGGCGCCGACAUCGAGUUGGGUGCGGGAACCAGUCCAGCACCGGCUACAGAUGAACAAGCCUCAACGGACCAGUCGACACCAGGAGGCAAUCCAACCGCCGCUGGUGCUCGAGCGCCGGUAGUCAUUGCUACCCAGAAUGCAGAUGGUACUGACGCAGAGGGACAUCUCGGCUGCUCCAUUUGUACGGAGGACUUCAAGAAGGGCGAAGAAGUCCGGGUGUUGCCUUGUAACCAUAAAUUCCACCCUGACUGCGUGGAUCCAUGGCUGUUGAACGUCAGCGGAACGUGUCCAUUGUGCAGGAUCGAUUUGCGACCACAGACUCAGGAUGCUGUGUCUGAAGAAGCGGAGCGCCGGGGUUCCGGCACCAGUAUUCCAAUUGCUCAAGACGGAGAGACUGCGCCUCCACUUCAUGGCUCCGGAUCAGCCGAGGAGGGUGCCCGUCAAGGACGUCGAGAGAACGGCCUCCAUCUCCGCCAUCUUGCACAAGGCUCCAGGGAAGACCGGAUUGCAGCUCUCCGACGACUGAGGCAGGAGACGCUUCGCUCGGGGUCGAAUCGUCAAACGGAUGACGAGAGGACCGGCCUGACGAGAAGAUUCAGAGAACGGUUCAGGAUCCGCACGGAGAGAAGAGGGACAGUGAGCGAUCAAUGA